AUGCCCUACCACCAGAGGAGUGGCUUUGCCUGUAUCCUGCUGGAGGAUGUCUUCCAGCUGGGACAAUUCAUUUUCAUUGUCACCUUCACAACCUUCCUUCUUCGCUGUGUGGAUUACAGCGUUCUCUUUGCCAACCAACCAAAAAACCGAACAAGACCUGGGUCGCUCCACAGCAAAGUGACCUUGUCAGAUGCUAUCCUACCCUCAUCCCAGUGUGCCCAGCGGAUCCGCUCCAGCCCCCUGCUGGUCUUCCUGCUCAUCCUGGCUGCUGCCUUCUGGCUCUUCCAGCUGCUUCGCUCGGUCUGCAAACUCUUCAGCUACUGGGACAUCCGGGUGUUUUACAGGGAAGCCCUGUGCAUGCCCUCAGAGGAGCUCAGCUCGGUGCCCUGGGCAGAGGUGCAGUCCCGCCUCCUGGCGCUGCAGAGGAGCGGGGGGCUGUGCGUGCAGCCGAGGCCGCUGACGGAGCUGGACGUCCACCACCGCAUCCUGCGCUACACCAACUACCAGGUGGCGCUGGCCAACAAGGGCCUGCUGCCGGCCCGCUGCGCCGUGCCCUGGGGAGGCAGCGCGGCCUUCCUCAGCCGCGGCCUGGCGCUCAACGUCGAUCUGCUCCUCUUCCGCGGGCCCUUCUCCUUCUUCCGCGGCGGCUGGGAGCUGCCCGACGCCUACAAGCGCAGCGACCGGCGGGCCGCCCUGGCCGCGCGCUGGCGGCGCACGGUGCUGCUGCUGGCGGCCGUGAACCUGGCGCUGAGCCCGCUGGUGCUGGCCUGGCAGCUGCUGCACGCCUUCUACAGCCGCGCGGAGGUGCUGCGGCGCGAGUCCGGCGCGCUGGGGACGCGCCGCUGGUCCCGCCUGGCCCGCCUGCAGCUGCGCCACUUCAACGAGCUGCCGCACGAGCUGCGCGCGCGCCUGGCCCGCGCCUACUGCCCCGCCGCCGCCUUCCUGCGCGCCGCCGCGCCCCCCGCGCCCCUGCUCGCGCUGCUCGCCCGCCAGCUCCUCUUCUUCGCCGGCGCGCUCUUCGCCGCGCUGCUCGUGCUCACCGUCUACGACGAGGACGUGCUCUCCGUGGAGCACGUGCUCACCGCCAUGACCGCGCUCGGGAUCGUGGCCACCGUGGCCAGAUCUUUCAUUCCGGGUGAGCAGGGCCAAGGGCGUCCGCCGCAAAUCCUGCUGCCGGCGGCCUUGGCGCACAUGCACUACCUCCCGGAGGAGACCGGCCCUGCCGGCAGGACCAGCGCUUACCGGCAGAUGGCGCGGCUGUUGCAAUACCGAGCGGUCUCCCUCGCGGAGGAGCUCCUGUCGCCUCUCCUCACCCCACUGUUUCUGCUCUUCUGGUUUCGCCCUCGCGCCUUGGAGAUUAUUGACUUUUUUCGUCACUUCACUGUAGAUGUGGCCGGGGUUGGGGACAUCUGUUCCUUUGCCCUUAUGGAUGUGAAGCGCCACGGCCACCCUCAGUGGCUCUCGGAGGGACAGGCGGAGGCUUCACUGUCAGAGCGUGCCGAGAACGGGAAGACUGAGCUCUCACUGAUGAGGUUCUCCCUGCUUCAUCCACAAUGGUGCCCCCCAGGCCACAGCUCCAAGUUCCUGGGGCACCUUCGAGGCCGGGUGCAACAAGACGCGGCCGCCUGGGGCGCCAGCUCGGUUCGCAGCCCCCUCAGCCCCGGGAUCCUCAGCAACUCUGCCUCCCCUCUGCAGGAGGCCUUCCCGGCCAACCUCUCGAUGCAGCCCCUCGGGCCCCCCCAGGACCUGAGCCCCAUAGUCCCCUGCCCAGCUGCAGCCACGGCCAGCCUCCUGGCCUCCAUUUCCCGAAUGACCCAGGACUCAAGCUGUGUGUCCCCAGGAGGCACUGGGGGCCAGAAGCUGGCCCAGCUCCCAGAGCUUGCGUCUGCUGACAUGAGUCUCCACGCCAUUUACUUGCACCAGCUCCAUCGGCAGCAGCAGCAGGAACUGUGGGGCGAGGCUUCAGCCUCCUCCCUGUCCAGGCCCUGGUCCAGCCCGCCGCAGACACUCUCGCCGGAGGAGGAGAAGCCAUCCUGGUCCAGUGGCUCCAGUCCUGCUUCCAGCCCCAGACAGCAGUGGAGAACCUAGAGGACCCGGAAUCUGUUCCCUGGAGGGUUUCAGGAGCCCACAGACACCCAGAAGGAGCCUGGCCAGGCCACUAGCACCGACUGAGAGAGCUGCUGACGCUCAGUAUUGUCUAACUGGGGUGGAGGCGGGGC